UCAGCGAGCCUCGCUACCCGGCCGAGGAUGGCGACACGUCUGACUCUCCCAUUGUCUUUUCCCCUGGGACCAGAUGAAGGCUCGGUUGGAUGAGACGGAGGGCAAUUGGGCCACACAGCGCUAUCUGAAAGCCGAUGGUCGAGAAGUGAGUCGUGUUCUGGGCGGCUGCGCAGAGAGGCUGAAUGCGAGCACAUCGUCCCCGCCGCGCCGGCAAGACACCCUGUCCGCUGUUUAUCAUGUCAUCACCGGCAAGGGUCGCUCGGAGGUCGGAGGUCAAGCGCUGGAAUGGGAGGCGGGAGACACUUUCGGUGUACCCGCCUGGCAUGCCUACCAGCAUUUUGCCGAUGCGGGCGAGACAGUCUAUCUCUACCGCUUCGACGAUAAGCCGAUGAUCACGGCGCUAGGCUUCUAUCGGUCGGCGGAGGAUGAUACCGAGAAUCUAAUCUCCGACUGAAGAAGGGGAGGGGGAGGGGUGCUCUGA